AUGGUGGAAAGUAAUUCUCCAUCACGUGAUUUAAAAAGACGACAUAGAAGUACAAGUAAAGAAAGAGAACAUCGUCAUCAUCGAUCUCAUCGUGAUACAAACGAAAGGAAACAUCGGCAUUCAUCACCUAAACGAUCAAAAUCACCUGAAUUGAAACGUCGAAAAAAUGAUGAUAUGGAAGAAGGAGAAACUGUUGGUAAUGAUGUAACAACAAAUAGUGAUGAAACAAAUGGAAAUAGUACAACAAAACGUGUUCCACUUUCAUUGGAAGAAAUGGUUGAACGAAAUAAAAAGGAACAAGAAGCAAUCUCAAAACCGAAAUUUCUUACAAAACAAGAACGUGAAGCUGAAGCAAUACGACGUCGACAAGAAGAAGCUGAUGCUAUUCGUAAACGCAAUGAUGAAUUACGUAAAAAACAUGUUGUCUUUACUAAAGAAGCUGAACAAGCAGCAAUUAAAGAAGAACGAGAACGUGAACGACGUGAACGUGAUCGUCAUCGACGUGAGAAAGAAGAUCAAACAGAAAAAUUAAAUGCCGAUGGUGAACGUGAAGAAGCAGCUGUUAAAGAACGAUAUCUCGGGAUUGUUAAAAAAAAACGUAAAAUUCGUCGUUUAAAUGAUCGAAAAUUUGUUUUCGAUUGGGAUGCUGGCGAAGAUACUGCUGUCGAUUAUAAUCCAAUAUAUAAAGAAAAGCAUGAAAUACAAUUUUUUGGUCGUGGUCAUAUAGCUGGUAUUGAUAUCAAUAAACAAAAGAAAGAUCAAUCAAAAUUUUAUGGAGACCUUCUUGAAGAACGUCGUACACAAGGAGAAAAAGAUCGAGAAUCAGCUCGUUUGAAAUCUGAUCGUGAAAAAGAUGAAAGACGUCGUUAUGAUGAACGUCAUUGGAGUGACAAGAGAUUAGAUGAAAUGGCUGAUCGUGAUUGGCGUAUUUUUAAAGAAGAUUAUAAUAUAACAACAAGAGGUGGUAAUAUCCCACAUCCAUUACGAUCAUGGGAGGAAGCUGGACUUGAAAAAGGCAUUCUUGAUGUUAUUAGUCUUGCUGGUUAUAAGGAACCAACACCAAUUCAACGGCAAGCAAUUCCAAUCGGUUUACAAAAUCGAGAUGUGAUGGGUAUUGCAGAAACUGGUUCUGGUAAAACAGCAGCAUUUCUUAUUCCUUUACUUGCAUGGAUUCGAUCAUUACCAAAAGUUGAAAGAUCGAUUGAUGCUGACAAUGGACCAUAUGCACUUAUUUUAGCACCAACUCGUGAAUUAGCACAACAAAUUGAAGAAGAAGCAGUUAAAUUCGGAAAACCACUAAAUAUUACUGUUGUCUCAGUUAUUGGUGGUUUGUCUCGUGAAGAACAAGGUUUUAAACUUCGUCUUGGUUGUCAUAUUGUUAUUGGCACACCAGGUCGUCUGAUAGAUGUACUUGAAAAUCGUUAUCUAACAUUACAACAAUGUACUUAUCUUGUUAUGGACGAAGCUGAUCGAAUGAUAGAUAUGGGUUUUGAAACUGAUGUUAAACGUAUUCUUGAAUAUUUACCAGUCACAAAUCAAAAACCUGAUAAUGAACUUGCAGAAAAUACAAAAGAUUUUAAUUCAAAAGAUAAAUAUCGUCAAACAGUUAUGUUUACAGCUACAAUGACACCCGCUAUUGAACGUUUAGCUCGAACAUAUCUUCGACGACCAGCAUCGGUUUAUAUUGGUUCUGUCGGUAAACCAACUGAACGUACAGAACAAAUUAUUAUCAUGUGUUCAGAAAAUGAGAAACGUAAUAAAUUACUUGAAAUUCUUGAACGUGGUAUUGAUCCACCAAUUAUUAUAUUUGUUAAUCAAAAGAAAGCAGUCGAUAUUUUGGCUAAAGGUUUAACUAAAAAAGGCUACAAUCCAUGUACAUUACAUGGUGGAAAAGGUCAAGAAAGUCGUGAUUUAGCUUUAGCUCAAUUAAAACAAGGUCAAAAAGAUAUUCUUGUUGCAACAGAUGUUGCUGGUCGUGGUAUUGAUAUCAAAGAUGUUUCACUCGUAUUAAAUUAUGAUAUGGCCAAGACAAUUCAAGAUUAUACACAUCGUAUUGGUCGAACAGGUCGUGCAGGAAAAACAGGCAAAGCAAUAACAUUUUUAACCAAAGAGGAUUCAGCUGUAUUUUAUGAAUUAAAAGAAGUUAUACUUGAAUCUCCUGUAUCACAAUGUCCGCCAGAAUUACUUAAUCAUCCUGAUGCACAACAUAAACCUGGAACUGUGGUCACUAAACGUAAUAAAACUGCUAUUCUUUGUGCUUAG